AUGGAGCUCUUCACCAGCUGGGUGAAUACGACGCUGUCCUCCAUACAUAUGGACGCUGUCGACACCCUUCGAGCCUUCUUUCUUCCUUUUGACAUCUUGUACGCACGCGCUCUCGACUUUGUUGCCUCCUUAAGAGUUCCUCACAGCUACUUCACGCACUUCUAUAUUGCCUCUGUGUUGGCGUCGAUCUUCUGGGCCAUGCAACUCUUAAUAAGCCUGGAGCACUUGCAGAAGUCGAUAUCAGUUUAUCAGAUGUUUUCAUGCUGGAUAUUUAUGCUUAUUCAGGGUGCAAGGCGGCUGUAUGAGUGCAAUAUCUUCUUCAAGCCCUCGUCCAGAAUAUGGUUUGUUUACUGGAUUAUAGGCCUUGCACUCUAUCUAGCAGUAUCUGUUGCACUGUGGAUUGAGAGAUCAGAUAUUCAGUAUGACUGUUAUCAUUUUCUCUUCUUAUUAAAGAAAUAUACUCUUCUAACUUAUUCUGUCUUCCGCAGAGUUGUGUGUCCGCACUAUACAGCGAGGUAUAUAAUAUAUCUCUUUCUAAUCUUUCUGACCGCACCGCAGAAUUAG